AUGGGCGAAGGAGGAUAUCAGCAGAUCAACAAAAGCUUGAAUGCUUGUGCAUUCGACGCCUAUCUGAGCGCUCAGCAGUCGCGUCUCCCAAAGUUACUCGACGUCGACCAACUUAGUCCGCGGGUUCUCCGUGUUCUUGGACAGAACGCCGGCAAGUUCACACUUCAAGGCACAAACACGUAUAUUGUCGGUACCGGACGGGAGCGGCUCAUCAUCGACACCGCGCAAGGGUACCGCGCCUGGGCGGACUUAAUUGAAGAAACAUUACAUGAGCGAUCUAUAGGGCUUUCUCAUGUAUUCCUGACGCACUGGCAUGGUGAUCACACCAAGGGCGUGCCGGACUUGCUCCGCAUGUACCCACACUUGGCUGAUAGUGUGUACAAGAAUUCUCCCGACUACAGCCAGCAGCCAAUUGAGGAUGGCCAAGUAUUUGCUGUCGAGGGGGCUACAAUCCGCGCAGUCCAUGCGCCAGGCCACUCGCAUGAUCAUAUGUGUUUUGUACUCGAGGAAGAGAAUGCCCUUUUCACGGGCGACAAUGUACUCGGACAUGGAACCAGUGCCGUGGAGCACUUGGGUGUGUACAUGGACGCGCUGCAAAAGAUGCAGGCGCAGGGCUGCACGGUGGGGUAUCCGGCACAUGGAGCCGUCAUUUCUGAUUUUCAGGGAAAGAUUGAGGCGGAAAUUGGACAGAAAACGCGCCGCGAGACGCAGUGUCUCGUCGCGCUGGGCCGGCUUCAUCGGGAGAAAGGGUCGGUUGGACAGGCGGGUAGCGUGACGGUAAAUGAACUGAUUGAUAAUAUUCAUGGUCACCAGCUAGACGAACAGGUACGGAAGAACGUUGUAGGCCCGUUCAUCGAUGAAGUCCUCUGCAAACUGGCCGAGGAUGGCAAAGUCGGAUUUUGCGUGCGCAAGGGAGUAAAGAAAUGGUUUGCCUUGAUUACAGGAUAA